UCUGUUCUUCUCCUCUGUUUCAUUUUGUUUUCUGUUUUUCUCUCUAUUCACACCUGUUCUGUUCCCUUCAGUUCUUGCUCAAUGGGGAUGAGAGGAUACCAUGUGUGUGUGUCUUUUUACUUCUAUGUUGUUAUUUCACUUUCCCUCUUCUUCUCUUACGGUCGGUUAAAUCCUGGUUUAAAAGUUGAAGAUUGCCGCAUGCCUCCUUCUUCAGUCUUUUUCUCCUUUCUCUCUUUGAUCAAAGGCUGAGCCGGUUAAAGUUAGACAGAGCUACAUAUAGGUCAUGUUGAAAGACGCCGAAUACCAAUAUUAAUACUUGAGAUCGGUUUAAAAAAGCUGAUACAUUCAUAACCAAAACCAACAUUUGGAAAUCUAAAGAUAGCUUAAAUAAAAUGUACUGACCUAAUUAUUUUCAAUCGUAGUAACUUUAUCUGUUGUGAAGUCAAAGGUCGGCCCUGUUAGGAGAGUUUACUCAUUUCAAAGUUCACCCAAGUAAAGCUAAUUUGAUUUGUAAAUGUCAGAGAUCUAAAUACUGAUAAUAAUUUCAACCAACUGUGUUGAAGGGCCUUAGUUGGACGGGCUGUAGAGUUUGUGUGGUUGACAACCGGUUAGGCCCAAGACAAGCCUGGUACAAGCAUUUCUGACUGUAUAUAUUUGUCUGAACAUAAGAUCUAAUAAUAAUAAUAAUAACUAAAUGCUCCUUUUAGACAACCAAACUAUUCUUCAUCUGUGGAUCUGAAAGUACAUGCAGUUUGUGGCUUGCAAAGUGAGUGUAAAGGAAAGUAAUGAGUCACUGUGUGUGUAUCUGCACACGUUGAGUGAUGCUACUGUUGUGUAUUUGUUGCAUUGUGGGUAGAUCCGUGGUCAGGGGUCUUUCUAUCAUGUUUGACUUGUGAAAGGUGAAAAAAAAAAAAUGUUCCUCUCCCCCGUUCUGCGGCGAUGGUGACGGGUUAGGGGUGUGAUGGUGGGGGAGAGACGGAAAGGGCUCGUGUUUUAUAAAAGCCAAGCUCCGGCUUGAGAGAAAGACAAAGAGACGCUUGCUUAUCACAACAGCGAGUCUUCGUGUCCGACUACCACUCAAGCAAGUAGCAAGACUAUUUUGUGUGGGGGAUUCAGAUCGCCUGAGUUUGUGCUGCGAGAUACUAAACCCCACAAGAAGGAAGCCAGAAGAUGACCUCCAGCCGGGUGUUAGUCGCUCUCCUUUGCUUCACCACAUGGGUGAGCGUCGUCCAGGCAACCCAUGCAAGGCUGCCCAGAUGUGAUUGUCCGGGGUGGUCUACGACCAGAGUCAGCCCCAGACGUGUGGUGAAUUACACCCGACAGAGCGAAUCCGACUGUAAAAUCAACGUCGUAGUGUUCCAGCGAAGAGGAGGACGCAAGAUUUGCUCGGACCCAAACAGCAACUGGGCUAAAAAAGUCAUUCUGAAGGUGGACAAGGAGCAAAGCCUAUUGCAGCAAAACAGACAAAAUCAAGAUGCAUCAACAAGCACCGCCUCACCAGCGCCGCCUCACCAGCGCCGUCUCACCAGCGCCGCCUCACCAGCGCCGCCUCACCAGAGCCGUCUCACCAGCGCCGCCUCACCAGCGCCGUCCCUUCCGUUGAAAACUAUGCGACCGAAGAAAUGCGGGAAAGGAAGGAGACGCCAGAAAAACAAGACCAAGGGAGGACGACGGUGCAAGAAUUGAAUUGUCUUGAGAGACGAUUCAAAGUUCAAGUUCAGUUCAUGACUUUUUCCGCUUGUACUUGUCCAAGUUUAUUCAAUGAAUGCUAAAAAAAAAAUUAAACAGAAAACAGGGAUUAUUUAUAUAUUAUCUUAUGUAUUAUUAAAUAUGCAGUCUUUGUUAAAUAUUUUGUUGAUCGUAAACAUGCAUGUGUCAAAGAACAUAAAGUUUUUACUCUUUUAAAUCCUUUGCCAUGGUGUGUGUGUGGUGUGAAACCGACGUCCUAUGUUACACUAGGAUUACCAUCACAGCUCAUAUAUGUCAGAAACCAAGAGGUAAACAGAAAUAUCAAAUCUAGACUCAUAGCUCAUGUAUAACAAGUAGAUAUAAAUAUACUGGACAAACAGACAUGAUUAUUAUGGUCUGGUUUGAAGCUAAACAGUCUAUGUACUUUAAAACCAAAAAAAUGAAUAAAUACUGUUUGGCUUAUAAUAAAUUACAUAACCACGGGAGGCUGUAUUUAUAAGAAGUCUGACAACAAAGUUGCUCUUCUUUUUUUGUGUGUUUUCCUAUAGAAGUCCAGUAAUUUAUGACAACUGUCGCCUGUUUCAUGCACGCAGACUUCCCACGAUGCUCCUUACUCUAAAAACAAUAGUUUUGGCAGAAAUACUACUAAGAAAAAUAUAGUGGUUUUAAAGAUAC